UCAGACCACGCUAAACUCUCAAGCCACUUAGCAUGGUGAUGGACUGUGAGCUCGUGCCUAGUGUAAUCGUCGUUGAAUCUGUUGCCCAGAAUGAGUCAGGCGAAAAGGCAAAAUUGUUCAAAUCUCAUCGCAAUUCGUCGGCAGUAUGCAACUCACUGCUUUGGCCAUGGUUUUUGGUUUUGAUCCUGAAAAGUGCCCUGCGGGAGUACCCUAAUCCAAGAGAUAGGCAUAUGAUUGGUCAAUUCUAUAUCUACUCCUGGAUGGCUUCAACGACACAAAACGGUAAUGUAUUUUACUAGGUCCUCUUUCUGGGUACUCUCAGAACCCCAAAAUACCGGUCUUGGCGCUGAACGUAUCUGUCCUGAAGCUGUUGAACCAAAACAGUGUUUGACCUUUCGAACAUUUCUGGUUAUGGCGACUGGGGAUCACCUUAAGCAAGUCGUAACCAACGCAAGCAGAGCA